AGUAGGGAGGAUGGGAAGGGAGAGGAGGCGCAGGGGCAUUGCAGUGCGUGAAUGGGUUUUUCAUUGAGCAGAAGAAAAUCCUGGAGGGUAUUUUUGUUUUGUUUUGGAGCUGUCGCAUUGAGAUCGCCUGUGUUUUUUUCAGGUCUUGGGAGAACCUCUCUUCUUCUUCCCCUUGGUGGAAAUACCCAUAAAACCUGUCUCUAAAAACCAUUGCCCGACCCAGGGAUAAGCAAGAAGAGCCCCGUAAUGCCAGGAAUGGUCAGUAAAAACCCAGACCUCGAGUUCGACUCUUUGCAGCCUUGUUUCUACCCGGACGAAGAUGAUUUUUAUUUAUGCGGGCCGGACUCCGCUCCCCCCGGGGAGGACAUCUGGAAAAAGUUUGAGUUGCUGCCCACCCCUCCCCUGUCUCCCAGCCGGGCCGGGCUGCAGGAGCACCCCCCGGGGGGAGCCUCGGUGCCGUGGGGAGGAGCGGGGGCCCUGGGGGGCUGCCGUCCCGCCGACCCCCUGGACUGGGCGUCCGAGCUGCUCCUGCUGCCCCCCGAAGCCGACCUGUGGGGGGGCUCGGACGGAGGGGACUUCUUCGAGACGGGCCUCGGCGUGACCAACAACCUCAACUCCAUCAUCAUCCAGGACUGCAUGUGGAGCGGCUUCUCCGCCCGCGAGAAGCUGGAGCGGGCGGUCAGCGAGAAGCUGCAGAGCAAAGCGCCCGCCGCCGCCGCCCCGCCGCCGCCCCCGGGGCUUUGGGUGAGGAAGCACUUCCAACAGCUGUCUUCUUGGCAGAGCACCAAGCGCCGGCUUAAAGGGUCCCCGGCUGGAGCAGCUUCACCUUCUGCCUCAGAACAAACCCGGCGAUUGUUUCGCUUUCCGGCUGCUUUUCUACCAAGCAAGGGCUGUGUGGUGGCACUGUGCGUGCCUUUUGUACCCCAGCUCUACCGUGCCUUUCAGAAUACAAAUCACUGUUCUUCAGUCAUUUCGUGUAUUUUUCAUACUUUUCCAGAUUUCUGUCUUGUCUGCAUGUGGUGGGCACGCCCUGGUUUUGCCAUCAGUUAUUUCAUUGCUGCUUUUACUGUACACGUUUUGUCACUAAAUGCAUCCGGGUUGAUACUUGUUCGGGGUAUUUUCUGUGAAAGUAACGUCUAUUUUAUUUUCCAUUUUGUAUUACCAAAAGAUGAUGAAGAUGAGGAGGAAGAGGAUGAGGAAGAAGAAGAAAUAGAUGUUGUGACAGUGGAGAAAAGACGCUCCUCCUCCAACAAGGCUGUUACCACCCUUACUAUUACUGUGCGUCCUAAAAAUACCACUUUUCCAUCAGUCAGGACACAGCAGAAUGAACUGAUUUUAAAGCGUUGCGCACCAAUUCACCAGCAGCAUAAUUAUGCCGCUCCUUCUCCAUACAUGGAGAGUGAAGAUGCUCCACCCCAGAAGAAGUUAAAAACCGAGGUGCCCCGUCCAGUAAAACCCACGAUCCAACCAAAGUCUAAGAGUUCCAGUCCUCGAAAUUCUGAUUCAGAGGAUAGUGAACGUCGACGUAACCAUAAUAUCCUGGAGCGCCAACGGCGUAAUGAUCUACGGUCAAGUUUCCUCACGUUAAGGGACCAUGUUCCAGAACUGGUUAAAAAUGAGAAAGCUGCAAAAGUUGUGAUCUUGAAAAAAGCCACUGAAUAUGUUCAUUCCCUUCAGGCAGAGGAGCAGAAGUUAUUGCUAGAAAAGGAAAAAUUGCAAGCCAGGCAACAACAGUUGCUAAAGAAAAUAGAAUACAAGCGGACUUGCUAAACUUUUUUUGUUUUGGUUUUAUUUUUUUUUUUGGCUGACCAGGACAGUCAUUGCCACUUUGCACAUUUUUGAUUCUUUAAAAAAAAAAUUGUGUUUUUUGACGUUAAGAAUGUUGGUUUUACUUUCAAUCCAGUCCCUGAAGUAAUCGACAAAACUAUAUUAUCCGGGUACUGAGCAAGUGGAUGUUCUUGCAAGGAGUUUAUUGCAAGACUACCAAACAACAAUGGACUGCCUUUGUUUUUCCUCUUAAGAACUGUAGAUGGUGGGGAUUUUUUUUUUUUUAAUUGUUGUGAGCAUUUGGAGCUGCUGAUGACAUCUAGUUGAGUUUUAAAAUGUUCAUUCCGAAGUUUUAUGGUGCUUAUGUUCUAACAGAUGUUACUUUAGGGGUUGGCAUUUGUACCCCUGUGGGAAUUUUCUGUAAAUACCAUCUACACACUUGCCUUUUGUACAUGUCUUGGGUUAUGAGAGGUGGCUUUUGCUGCCAGUAUUAGACUGGAAGUUCAUACCUAAGUACUGUAAUACCUCAAUGUUUGAGGAGCAUGUUUUUGUAUACAAAUAUAUUGUUAAUCUCUGUUAUGUACUGUACUAAUUCUUACAUUGCCUGUAUACUUUAGUAUGAUGCUGAUACAUAACUAAAUUUGAUACUUAUAUUUUCGUAUGAAAAUGAGUUGUGAAAGUUUUGAGUAGAUAUUACUUUAUCACUUUUUUGAACUAAGAAACUUUUGUAAAGAAAUUUACUAUAUAUGCCUUUUCCUAGCCUGUUUCUUCCAGUUAAUGUAUUUGUUAAUGUUUGGUGCAUAGAACUGGGUAACUGCAAAGUUCUGUGUUUAAUUUCUUCCAACGAUGUACAUUUAGUGCUGCGUCUUAUAGCACUUUGAAAUACCUCAUGUUUAUGAAAAUAAAUAGCAAUUACAUGA